AUGUCAACCCUGUCGAGGGUUCCCUCCAUUCAGGUCCUGGAGCUGCAACACUUGCAGUAUUCGAUCAAUCCCACCUCCGGCGUGUUUUUGGUGACUUUGGACUAUCGCAGUCUAGAGAAGCGUUCCUUGCUUUCGGUCCACUUCGUAUCAACGGAGGCCAUGGUGGACUUCUUGGAUCUGUUCGGCUGUCUGGAAACUCUUGAAUGCCAUAUCGUUUCGCUACCCUUCACGGACCAGGAUGAUGCGCUUUCAGAUGUUAUACUGGAGCGGAUAUGGCGCAUGGUCCUUCAAAUAUGUUCUCUCGACUUGGAUUUGGAUAACAUCUCUCUGCGAGAAGACACCCUCUGCUUUUUGUGCAACGUACUGGCGGCCACACCAUUUGUUGAGACCCUGCAGGCAAUCCAUGUGAGUGGCUUCGAGUGCUUCGACUAG